AUGGAAGUACCACGUUACAGCGAGCACAACUACAUAGGAAAUCUCCCAACGGAUGGGGGCACCUAUAUUAAUUCAUCACAUAGGGAAAGUGCCAAAUGUGAUCCGGCAUGUGAGAGCGCGAUGGGGGAAGUUGCCUGGGGAGGUGCUUUCAAAAAGAUGAAGCUGGUUGGAAGCCCAAUCAAAAGGGAACAUCCAGAAAUAGCGCACAAUUCGGCUCUUCAAAUGGAGAAGAGGCAGAACGAACGUUUAAACGAGGCAAAUAAUGAGAUGAUAAGAGACCUAUCCUAUAAUAGAACUGAUCUUUUGCCCAACACUCCUCAGUACUACCACUACAGUAGAGGCUUAGAGACAACUCAUGAAAAAGACGCAACACAAACUGUUAAAGACCUGCAUCAAUCGUUUGUGUUCUCGAAUCAAGGCACUUACUCAGGCAAGUUACCCCAAACAGGUCAAUCAGGAGGGAGCCCCAAUGGUGCAACCAGCACAAAGAACAAAUAUGAAGCAAUGUCACAAAUGAAUCCAAUGCAAAAAAUGAGCAAAAAGUGUUUAACGGAUAACUGUCCAAAGGAUGAACCUUCCGAUUGUGAAAGAAGUACAGAAUACAAUUCGGCACAAAAUAUUUUAAGCGCAUUUGAAAAUGGGGUAUAUGUCGAUUCGGAGCAGACCUUGCCACUGGAGGGUACUAAUAGCGACGCGUACUUCACCAAAGAAGCGUUAAAUAGUAUGAGCACUAUAAGCUAUAAUCACUACGAUUAUCCUCCAAAGGGGGGGGACCCUGGAUUAGUAAAUAGUGGUACGCAUAUUUUUUACGACAAAAGGGAUCCGUCCACCUAUGAUAAGGAAAAACUGCUAAUGUUCCAACAGAGGGGGAAUAAUACACACCUUUCGAAUGAGUCGAGCAUUCCCUACAUAAGCAGACAGAACGCUGCAAGCAUAGGGGGUCACACAAUUUGGAAAGAGAAGCCACAAGAUGAGAAGACUGCUUAUUACAAUUACGAACUGAGGGGGGAGGAUGAAACGUGUGAUGCUUUGAAGGGAUAUCAAAAUAACGGGCCCAAUAUGACAAGCGUAAAUAUAAAAACGGAUUUGAAGAAGCACCAUCCUCUUAAUAGCAGCUUAGUAGAUUUUCCAAGCGAUGACUUACUAUACGUGAAUAAGGCAACAAUGGGAAGCGAAAAUAUUAACAAGCAUUUUCAUCAUCCUUUGAACGACUCUGUUUUUUCAUAUGGACAUGUGGUCCAUGAUGAGAAUUCCCCCAAAUUGGCCUCCACCUCGAACAAAAUUAUAACGAGCAAUUCAGCAGGGAAGGAAGAAGAAGCUAAGAACGGUGCUUUUAUGACACUCGGAGCGUAUACCCCGAUGGGCCAUAUUAAAAUGGAAAAGGAAGUACAACCAAACGUUUUCAUCGGUGCAAAUUACAACACGUGUGACCAUCCUGCUGAUCCGAUUUCUGACAAGACAUAUUACUAUAACAAGCAUGUAAGUGGCACCUUCUUUACUGAUCGACCAAAUGCAUAUGGACUGAGACAAAGUAAAGGCUGCGUUCUUCAUGCUGACAGUUCGGGAAAGGCCGGCACGCCCUCCUGGAAGAAUGGUUCAUCACACGAGAUGGGAUCUCCCAGUGUAGCAACUCUGCUAGACCAACACGCUACCCCCAAGAUAGCCCUCUUUAAUGGAGAUAAUGAACAGAAUAUGAGCCCAACUAGGUCUACUCAAAAAAUGAACCAAUCACGUGAAGUUUUCGGAGGCAACCACCAACACAGGAGCGGGAAGAACUACCUUAGCACAUUUGUACAAAACGAUUACCAACUGGACGAAAUAAAAAGCUGCAUUCCAGAACGGCAAUUAUAUGACAACCAGAAUUAUGAUGUGCCCCAAAUUAUUCAAGGAAUAACGACAAAACAGAAUAACGGAAUUGUAUCCGAGUGUAAUCAGGACACCAUCAUAGAAUAUAAUGAUAAGUGGCGAUUAGUGAAGGGAAAGCAAUUCGCCAUAAACCAAGGGGAUAAUUUUAAAUCAGUGGAAGAUUCGGCAACGUAUUUUCAAAACUAUUUAACUGAACAGAACGAAAAUACAAAAAGGAUGCUUAGGAAAAUUAAUUUUAAUUCCUUGACUGGAAAAUUUAGCAUAAAUUCUUUACCUGAUGAUGAUGGUGAUAAUUUAAGGCAGCUGAGCAAAGUGUAUGAUUAUAAAGAUACGCUGCGUUCCUAUCCCGCCUACUAUGGCAUAUCCCAACAUAUGCACACUGGUACAGAGGAAGCUUUAAAAUGUGGUGUGGAGGAAAAAGGAAGGGGAAUUUUCCAAAAUGAUCAUCCUAGUGAUUGUAAAAAUGGGCAUGAACAAAUGCGGAAGAAAAAAUCCGUUGGGAAAAAACCAAACAUGGCCUUAUGUGGUGUUGGUGAUUAUCAGAUAAAGAAACAAAUUCAAGAUUUUGUAUCCCAAAAAAUGAGCGAUUACUUUAACGUAAAUUUUGUGUAA